AUGAUGAUUUAAAGAAAAGAGUUGAAUAAUCUUCUUAAAAUUUUAGUCAAAAGAGAUAAAUUGAUUAAACAAUUUAUUAUUUAAAUUGAUAAAGAGGAAUGGAAGUUUGAUACUAUAUAUGAUUUUUAUAAUACUCUCAUAACAAUUACCUAAGCUGCUAUUUUUUGA